AUGUCAAAUAUGCCUCUAACUAUCCCAGGUUUUCCGCACCCUAAUAUUAAUAACGAGCGCGAGGUCGAGGUCCUGCAGUUUGUUGAGGUUCCCGAGAGAAGUUGGAAUGACGCCAACGAGGUUGCAUUGGGUAAGCCAGAGAACCUCGAGGUUGGUAAGGUUCCCAAGCUCUGGAGGGAUCUGACCCGGGAAGAAGGGGUUGUAAGAGAGGUUGAGCAUUUUCAAAGACGAUACAUUGCCCAAGGAGGGGGGGAUGGUGCCUUCUUGAAGAUUGGAGACGAGGGAGAGGACUUGGAGGUUCUGGAAGGUUCCGAAGGAGUCCGGGAUGGGGCCGGAGGAGUUGUUGCCGGUGAGGUCGAGGUAGCGGAGGUUGGGGAGGAGCGGGAGCGUGGCAGGAGGGAGACUAGUGAGGAGGUUCUGGGAGAGGUCGAGGUGGUGGAGAUUGCGGCAGAGGGAGAUGUCGAGAGGGAGCUUUUGGUUGAUGGAGUUGUAUAA